GCGAGACUGGUCACACAGUGCGCGUGGACCGCGGCAUGGGAACUGCCAGGCUACGAACGCUUGCCCGCGACAAGGAGCUGCAUCAUCGCGGGGCUGUUGCCUGGUCUUUGCCCCGCGUCUCAGCUGCUGCCAGCUUUCCAGGUCGUCCCCACCAACACCAGUAAGCUUGUGCUACGACCUUGAAGGUGCAGGUUCAGACCACUAGAUCCAGCUUCGAUACUCUCAAAUCCGAAAGUACCCUUCGAGUUUCCGGAGCAAGCACAGCCCUGACAAUUCAUGAUGGUUUGCUCGCACAUCGGACCGGCCAACCUGGCCAAGCCGACAGCCGCCGAUUCGGUGUACCGCGAGGACUGCACCCAGUGCUUCGAUUCCAUCGAUGAUCCCGCUGGGCUUGAUGUAUGCCUCAAGUGCUUCAACGGCGGCUGCGCAGGUGACCGCCACCAUGCAAAGCUACACAGCAGCGCCCGGAAACAUCCCCUAGUCCUCAACAUCCGCCGCACGCGGAAGAUGGUUGUCAGGGACGAGCCCCCGCCGAAGAUGUCCAAGCUUGCCAUUGCCGCCGAGACUGAAGCCGACCGCUACGACACGGCGCUGAAGGUCAAGUGCCUCGAGUGCGGGAUCGACGACAUCGACAAGAGCGACCCCACGAUCGCUGCGACGGUGGACGCCAUCAUGAAGGCCAAUACAUUUUCGCGGAAAGAGGAGGUCAAGGCGUGGGAGCAGGAGCUGACCACCUGUGAACACAUUCUUACGCUGCAGCAAGAACCUCCCCGGCAAAUCGAGUCACAGGACCUAGGCCACUGCUCCAACUGCGACUUGAACCAGAAUCUCUGGCUUUGCCUCGAGUGUGGUAACCUUGGUUGCGGGCGGGCGCAGUUUGGCGGAGUGGGCGGAAACUCGCAUGCCCUCGCUCACUCUAAGGAGUCCUCACACGGAGUGGCCGUCAAGCUGGGUUCGAUCACGCCCGAGGGGACCGCCGACGUGUACUGUUAUGCUUGCGAUGAAGAGCGGAUAGAUGAUAACCUGGGUGCCCAUCUCGCCAACUGGGGCAUCAUCCUGGCCGAGCGGCAGAAGACGGAAAAGAGCUUGACCGAGAUGCAGAUCGAGCAGAACCUACGGUGGGAGUUCUCCAUGACAACAGACGACGGCAAAGAGUUGACCCCGCUCUUCGGACCCGGCCUGACAGGUCUCAAGAACCUUGGUAACAGCUGCUACCUCGCCAGUAUCCUUCAGUGCCUCUUUGACAUGCCGUCCUUCCGGCAACGGUACGGUGGUGGCGUUGAGUCCCCCCCGGACGUGCUAGAUCCUGCCCAGGACCUGGAGACUCAGCUGCGCAAGAUUGGGGACGGCCUGCUCUCUGGUCGGUACUCCAAGCCGGAUCCGGAUGUGAUUGCUUCGGAGCACUCUCCCGAGGUCCCGCAUCAGAAGGGUCUUCAGCCAUCCAUGCUAAAACACCUCAUCGGCCGCGGGCACGCCGAGUUCUCAACCAUGCGGCAGCAAGACGCCUUUGAGCUUCUCCAGCACCUCGUCAAACUCAUCACCAGGUCCCAGCACCCGGCCGGCCUCGGCGACCCCACGCGGGCCAUGCGCUUCGUGAUGGAGCAGCGGCUGCAGUGCCUGGGGUGCAAGAAGGUGCGGUACAGCAGCACGGAGCAGGACAGCAUCUUCAUCGACGUCCCGCUCGAGAAGCUCCCGGCGGAGGAGGGCCAAGAGCCCAAGUACAAGCCGGUCAACUUCAAGGAGUGUCUCGAUACCCUGACGGCUCCCGAGAUGGUCGAGUUGACAUGCUCGGCGUGCGGGAGCAGGGACGGUUUCAGCAAGCGGCAGCUCUUCAAGACCUUUCCAGAGGUGCUGGUUGUCAAUGCGCGCAAGAUGGCCGUGGUGAACUGGGUCCCCGUCAAGGUGGACGUGCCGGUUCUGGUUGGAGAAGAACCCUUUCCUCUGGAUCCGUAUCUCUCCAAGGGACAGCAGCCCGACGAGGAAUUGUUGCCGGAGGAGCCGGCCACGAGCAACGUGCCGGCGUUUGUGCCGAACCAGGAAGCGCUCGCCAUGCUGGAAGGCAUGGGAUUCCCAAGGGUCCGGUGCGAAAAGGCGCUCCACGCAACAGGAAACGCGGAUGCGAAUGCGGCGAUGGAGUGGCUGUUUGGCCACAUGGAUGAUCCGGACAUCGACACCCCCCUCGACCUCGGGGGUAGUGUUGGCAACGCCGGAUACACGCCCGACCCGGAGAAGCUCGCUAUGCUCGAGUCGAUGGGGCUGGGCGGGCCGCGCGCGACCAAGGCGCUCAAGGAAACCAACGGGGACGUUGAGCGGGCGAUCGAGUGGCUGUUCAGCCACCCCGACGACUCGGGCGAGAUCGAGAUUGAGGAGGCGGCCGGUGACGGUGGGGAGGGUGCGAAGAAGGGCGCGGUCGAGGCAGGUAGCAGCACGCUGCCGGUCAACUUCCAACUGCAGUCCAUUGUGUGCCACAAGGGAACGAGCAUUCACACCGGACACUACGUGGCAUUCAUCCGCAAGAAGCUCGGUGACGAGACAUCGUGGGUGCUCUUCAAUGACGAGAAGGUGGUCAAGGUGGUGGAUGUGGAGGAAAUGAAGAAAUUUGCCUAUGUCUACUUCUUCCGGCGAGUUUGAGUGUACCUAGUGACGGGGACG